GUGAAUGAUUGAGAAUCAGAGCGAGCUCCAUGCUGUGAGACCCCACCCCAUGCUCCUCCCUCCUCUCAGGGGAUGGCCAAGGUCCAGGAUGGACACACAAACACAUGUGACAGCCCUGCGAUGUUAGAAGAGAGCCAGGAUGGUAUGGACAGUGGUAGCCUGACUCCUGGCCCAGCUUCAGCUCGACAGGUCUGCAUUCAGCGCCACCCCAGCCAAGGCUUCGGAUUCAUAGCAGGCAGCCAGAGACCAGUCAUCGUACGCUCUGUCUCUGCAGACGGCCCGUCCAUCGGCAAGCUUCUCCCUGGAGACCAGAUCCUGGCCAUCAAUGAAGAGGUUGUGAGCGAGGCUUCCCGGGAGAGAGUCAUAGACCUUGUAAGAUGCUGCAAAGACUCCAUAGUUCUCACUGUGCUGCAGCCUCACCAGUCACCUAAGUCAGCCUUUAUAAGUGCAGCUAAGAAGGCCCAUCUGAGAACUAACCCGCCCAAAGUGCGCUUUUCAGAGCAAGUGUCCUUCAGUGACCCAGACUCAACAAUGCUAAAGGACGACUCUUUGCUACUCAUACCAAAUGUGCUGAAGGUGUUCCUGGAGAAUGGUCAGAUCAAGUCCUUUACGUUUGACAGCCGCACCACUGUCAGGGAUGUGAUCUCGUCCCUGCAGGACCGCCUGUCCCUGCGUUACAUCGAGCACUUUGCCCUGGUGCUGGAGUCAGGUGGGCUAGACCAGAACCAGAGACUGCACCUGCUGCAGGAGAACCAGCCGCUCUCACAUGUGGUGCACAGGACGUAUUUCCAGGGGAUGAAGUGUCUCUUUCGCAUCUGUUUCUUCCCCAAGGACCCAGCAGACCUGCUCAGGAGGGACCCUGCAGCCUUCGAGUACCUCUACAUACAGAGUCGCAAUGACGUCAUCAAAGAGCGCUUCGGCAUGGACUGGAAGUCUGACGUCACACUGCAGCUGGCAGCGCUUCAUAUCUACAUCACAGUGUCAUCGGCCAGACCCAAUCAGAAGAUCUCGCUCAAGAAUGUGGAGAAGGAGUGGGGUCUGGAACCUUUCCUCCCCCUCACUCUACUUCCCACCAUCAAGGAGAAGAAUGUGUGUAAGACCCUGUCACAGCUGCUCAAGACCUAUCAGCAUCUGCCUCCCUCAGGCAACAAGGUCCCUCCUCUCCAGGGAAAGCUGCAGUACAUGCGUGUGCUCAACGAUCUUCCGCCCUUUGGAGGCUUGCUGUUCCACACCGUCGGACUAGAUGAGAAGCAGUCGGCCACUACACUGCUGGUGGGUCCGCGGCACGGCAUCAGUCAUGUGAUCGACCUCAAAAACAACCUGACCACGGUUCUGACAGAGUUCAGUCGUGUUGCUAAGAUACAGCUGCACAGGGAGAACCAGGGCGUUGCCCGUGUAGAGGUGGCCAUACAGGAGGCCAAGCCUCUGGUCCUGUUGAUGGAGUGGCCUGAUGCCAGUAACUUCGCCUGUCUCAUCUCCGGCUACUACAAGCUGUUUGUGGAUCCCAAACGAACCAUCUACUACCGGACACCUGGUCAGUCUUAUAUGAUCAAGGCAGAUUACAGAGGUUCCCACCACGCCCACCCGCGCUCCGGCACCACAGUGGCGUCCAGUGGGGACCGACGAGGGGACGAGAGGGAAAGACCCCAUACGAGGGACCCAGGGUCCCAGUCUCAGAAGACAGCUGCCGCCCCACUGCACGCAGAGUCCCAACACCUGGGUCUAUGCCACAUCCAUCUCCGGGAGCAACAACAGCUGCAGGAGCUCCAAAUGCAGGCAGAACCCGAGCUCGACGUCAACGAGAACUUAAUUUCCCAAGAGGCACCAGGGCGGCCCCGUACCAAGUCUGACCCGACGCUGCAGAAAACAGAGACGAUCGCCGGGAGGCCAGAAAGCCCCGUCCAGGAGAGCUCAGUGACCUUCAGGAGCAGAGCCCAAACCAUGGGGCAGUCCCAGCGAACUACACGGUUCUUCUGUGACUCCUGCAAGGCCAGGUUAAGGGCAGAGGGAGUGGCUGUGGCUGUGGCCUUGAACGGUGGACACAGCGGCGCCUCGUCAAAGCACUGCUCCAGCGCCUGUGCCUCCCGCGAUGGAGGUGCAGUAGACCUGAUGGCCCUGCCUCCCCCGGGGAAUGAAGAGGAGGAGGAAGAAGAGGUGGAGGACGUAGGAAGAAAGCUGCAGCUGCCCCAUCCGGCCAUUGCUGCUCCUCCACCUGGGUUCAGGGACAACAGCUCGGAUGAAGAUGAGGCCAAGAGAGGAAAGAAUUCUCGACCCAACCCCGUCACCCGUCCAAGCCCUGCAACUGGGGCUGCAGUCAGCAAGAGCUCUGCCAAGGCUUCUUCCAAGGAAGUGGUACCAGCUCCAGAGGAUGUCCCAGUGACGUUGAUAGACAACGUGGCCACCAGGACAGUACGGGACCAUGCCCAGGAGCUGGAUGAUGCUCUGGUGUCCACUCUGCAGGCCCUGGAGGCCCUAGCUGCAUCAGAGGACUUCCCCCAUCACCCCCAACAGCCAGCUCAGACCACAGGGUUGAUUGUGUUGGCGGCCAUUACGCCUGAGUCAUCGCUAGACUCAGGGCACGAGACCAACUCCUCUGAGCUGACAGACGUCUCAGAGAUGGUGUCGGCCAUGAAGCAGCACCAGAACCAGGCCUACCUGCUGGCCCACCAUAUCAACAAGGAGCGUAUCUUCAGUCGCAGAGACUUCCCCUUGGCCAUACCAGGCUGCACCACCCAGACUAUUGGAGGCGGUGCGUUCUCCAUGGGUCAGAUCCGCGGCGGCUUCCCCUCGAAACCAGCUAUCCUCAGUAAGACUGUUCCCCUAAAGCUUAGCCCUGGUCAGGAGACUGCCAGUCCAGCUCUCAGCACAGUGGAGCAGAGGAGUGACGUUACCCAAGACCCAACGCAGAGUGAGCCGAGUGAAGGCAAGAAGGCAAAACCAGAGCCCACCAAAGCGUGCACCCCAGACCGCCCUGCGAAGUCACCUGAGGAGCUGAAAGUCUCCGAUCCAGGGCAGGCACCUAAGGUCGGCAAGGAUCAAAGGUCGCCCGGUACUGCUGUGGGCAAACUAAGCCCGAAUUUCUCUGCGGGGGUCAAGGGGAAGAAGUCUGAGCAGCUGAGCCCGGACACUACCAACAAAGCCUUACCCAUUCUCUUGCCUGUGGACAGAACUGCCUCCGCCAAGGUUUGCCCCACAAACAUGUGCCAAGAUGCCGAGACUGCCUCUAGCAAGACCAUCAAGCCUUCAAGCUCUAAAGACCUCUUUCCAAUUGAUGACCUGUUCUGCACGUGCCCAGUUAGAGAACCCGGGCCACAGCUAAGACUGAAGGAUCCACAUACCCAGAAGGUGGUGGUGUUCCACUCCUCUUCCCCUACAGAUGAUGAGCGUCUUUGUGCCAAAGGCCUCCAACUGGCCAGCAGCAAAGAGAGCGCAGCGAGAGCAGCAGGAGGAGCAGGAGCAGACCCCGUCUUGGCCAAGACAAGACCCCAAGUUCCAACCAAGUACUCCCAGUCCCCACACAUUCCUGUGAAAGCUGAGAGGAAGGAAGCAGCAGAGGCCAAGGCAGAGAGGUCUCAGGGUAAAGCUCAAGCUGAGCCACAUAAAUGCCCCCCGAAGACAUUACCUCUCCUGGGAGACCCCACACACCCUACCUGCUCUGUGGACAAGGUCUCCACUCUCCCAUCUGCCGACAGCAAGUACCAGGGUGGCGGUAAAGGGAAGGCCCAGCGUAGCGCUCCCUUCCUAAGUAUCAAGAACCUUCUGUCGGCCACGUUCCCAGCUCGGAUUCGGCGGGAGACUGAUGAGCGCCGAGCCCAGCUCCAGAAGGUCCGGCAGUACGAGUUAGAGUUUCUGGAAGAACUUCUGAAGCCCAAGUCGUCUGGGGGCGAGUACCUACCCCAGGGAUCCUCGCCAGUCCCCUCAUGCACCCCAUGUGCUUGCCAGCUCCUUACAAGUCCUGUGCUAAAAGCCCCUGGAAUCUCCAGAGAACAACGCCGCAGCUGCGACUGCAAGAGGAUGUGCAGAGGCAUCCGGCUGCCUGAUACGCCGGUCGGCUCAACUGCAGAGACACAGCAGCAUAGAGGUAGAGAGAGACCCCGCUCCAAGAGCCCUCCAGCGACCUCCAAAACCCCUCACCUCCAGGGAGGUCAGAGGAGACCUGAGACCUUAGAGAUCAAGACCACCCGAAUCCGCUCGACCAGUCUGGAGUCACGGGAACCAAGGGGGGAGCAGGCUUCCUGCUUGCCCACCUGCACGUCUCGCACACCAGACUGCAUGGGCGCCCCGCAGUACAAGAAGCUCCAGAGGCGGUAUAGCAUCGGAGAGGUGGACAACGCUGAAGGCACCCAGCUGUACACCGAGGUCAAACCCAAAGCCAAGAACCUGGAGAAGGAGAUGGAGCGAGUGAGGGCCGCAGGGCUGAGGCUUCCAACAACCGUGGAGCCCGUUCACAAUCAAACUCAAACUCACACGACUGCUGCAGAGGCAAAGGGGAAGAAAGGAGUGUUCUUCAUCCAGGGAGAAGAGCUGCUGAGGGAGAGCAGAGAGGGGGCGCCGACGGAGAUGCUGCUGGGGCUGCCUAGCGAGGACAGUGACGACAAGGAGAAGUGCUGCUCCUUCUGUUUCUGCUACAGGAAGUGUGAGGCGGCAGAUGAGAGCAGCGAGAAAGAAGAGCUCUCCUACUCCACCACCCUCCAGGUCCUGCCCGGGAUGCAACUGGGCUCUCAGACCUUGCCCAUUGUCAGCAAAACGCUCCAGGUUCUCCAUGCUGAGGGCUGCAGCGGGGAGGAGGAGGAGGAAGUAGAGGAAGAAGAAGAAGAGGAGCCGCAGACACAGGAGAUCGACCUCCGGGCCUGUGGGACUCUGGAGGGGAGCCUGGCGAGGGUCGAAUCCCUGCAAGGGAAGACGUUCAGCCUGCCGGACGGUUUUCUCAAUGCUCAGCUGGAUGCUAAUGAGCUGCUAGCAAUCCUGCGACAGUGCGCUAACAUUCCCCAGGUGGAUAACGAAUCACGCCUACAGCCGUCCCGGAUCGCCGAGUACAAGCAGGAGCUGGCAGUGCGCUUCAAGGAGUUCAGGGCGGCGUGCAGGCGGGUGGCGAGCGUCGAGAAGAGCCCCACUCGCAUGCUGAGCGUUGUUACGGCCAGCUUCCUGGUCCUCUGCGAACUGACUCAGACAUUCAUCAAGCUGGUUAGAGGGGUGCGUUCAGAGGCCCAAAGGCUGCAGCUGCUGCGGAAGGUUGAAGAGGUUGCUAUCAAUUACACUUUGCUGUUGCGUGCAGCCGAGGAGGCGAUGGGCCACUCCAGUAGUCUGCCUAACAAGAGUGUGAGUCCCCAAGUUACUACAAUCACCACUAACAUGGGCUCCCUCUCUCGCCCAAUCAAAACCCUGCCUACCCAGUAGAGACAAAGAAGGGGUAAGUUAGUAAAUAAUCAUAUAUGACAGUUGGGAGUGUGGGUGGCUGAGUCCACACUCUUAAUGCCCAGUAGUUAUUUAUUGUUUACAGGACAUGCAAUGAUCCAUCCUCAGCAAAAACCGCAAUGCAACUGCUCCAUUAUGCGUUUACAGGGGCUGUGGCAGUUGCAGCCUAGAGUGGCCCUGUGGUGUUCUAGCAUAAGAGACAGACGCCUGGGCACCGCUAUACAAAAGGUGCAAGGACCUACACCUCUGAAAUGCUGGGUGAAAACAGGGCUAACCACUCCUCCAUGCCAACUCUCACAUUACAGAGGUCCUUCUCAUUCUUUUCUAUGUAUAUUUGAGUUGUAUCUUUUUAGCAAAGUAUACCAUUUUGUGGAGAAUAAAAAUAAUGAAAAUAAUAUAUAAAAUGAUAUUGAGUAUAACAAAUAUAAAGAGUAAUACAUCUACAAUAAAUCUAAAGACAUUUUAAUGUGCUCUGGGCAAAAAUACCGCAGAGAAAACGUCAAAGUAGCGAAUUCUGUGAAUUAGGUAGUCCAAAGCCUGGGUUAGUAGUUGACGUGUUUGUUUGUUACAUUUUCUAACUGUUGUGACACAAUAAGUUCUGUUGGUCAUCCGGACAAUGCCAUGACCUGCACCUCAACAAUAUCACAUUCACAAUGUUGGAAAUUGUACCUCCUGUAAGAUUGGAAAAUCCACACAUUUGAAUUGGGUUGAUAUAAAACAGACAUGGGGCCCAAUUACUCACCGGUAGAAUAAAACCACAGGUAUGUAACACCUAGUGUGAGCAGAUAUAACAGAAACGCUAACUCACUAGUGGCUAACCAAUCAGCUGGGUAGGAUCAAUGUUCUUCAUGAAGGAAAUGAAGGCAGCCCCACUCUGCAGUAUUUAGUGUAGUCAACCUCAAAUUGCUGUCUUGGUUAGAGACACACACACAGUACUCACACACGACAAUCACAAUCCACACUAAACCGGCACAUCAACACUUGUAAAUGAGAGAUCUACUUUAGCAAGCUUAGCCUUCGACUUUUGCACAACCUUCAGCAUUUGCUCCCGCUCACACAUGCUCUAAGUUCAUGUUUUGUUUACAUUCAGUCAACUGAACACUGCUCUAGAAAACAAACUCCUCAUACACCUUCCAUUUUAUAAACUAUUUCAUCUUACAAAAGAUUCAAGUUGCUAUAUUCUUCUCUACAAUUAUUUUACAGGAUUCUGUGUCACAAACAAUUCAAUGGGGUUAUACUUUUUGCUCUCUAUAUGUGCUGUUAUCCCUUGUGCAAUACAGGAGAUAUAUAUAAAUCACUAACACACAAAGUAGUUUUCUAUGUAUUUUAAUAAAACUGACACCUGUGUUUUCUGUCUGAAAACGUCUUUCUGUCUCAUCCUGUUGUCAAACCACAGAGAUCGAAGCAGCCUACAGCUAACCUCAACAGAAACUAUUCAGACUCUGUCCAUAACUGUUAUACUCUGACAGGAUACUAUUCAUACCAGGCCACGUGAAUUCUUUCACUGCACUACUGUCUUGCAUGUUUCCCCAAUUCUACCUUUGUUCUUGGAGUUACAAGAAGCAGAAACGGUCAAGUUACAAGUGGUGUUGGCAGGUACAGUGUUACUACUAGUUUUAUGAAGUGAGAAAGAAAGAAUAUACACCCACAAAAAUAUGAGGAGGCUACUUAUGCCAAUAAUGUUUUGCAAUGGAAAUUCUUUAUGCGGAGUUGUGUUAUUCUACACUCAAGAUGUAAAUAUUGUAAAACAGUUGGAAUAUUUGUGAACCUGGAAAACACUUUUAAAUUACUAACUGACGUGUGAAGAUUGGUUCCGAAUUCUUCACCGUUUUGUAAAAAAAGACAAAACAUGUCUGUACCGUAUCAUUUAUAGUAGUUAUGUUCCAUAGAAAACUAAUAGCGAAAACGUAUAUUUUAAGAGUAUAUAAUGAGUAUAAAGCAUGGGACAUGUUUAUUUUUAUAAAAACAAAAUAUUUACUGUAUCAAGCAACAUUCUCUCACCAAGACCACCUGGAAAUGUUUUCAAACAUUUCGUUUUUGACGUAAUGAUAAUAUACAAAUAUAUUGUGUGGUUGUCAUUGUUGAGUUGCGUUGUUGCCAUAUUCGUGAAUGUGUCUCUAUGUUCCAUAACGUAAUGGACCUAUGUUCCAUAACGUAAUGGACCUUUGUUCCAUAACGUAAUGGACCUUUGUUCCAUAACGUAAUGGACCUAUGUUCCAUAACGUAAUGGACCUUUGUUCCAUAACGUAAUGGACCUAUGUUCCAUAACGUAAUGGACCUAUGUUCCAUAACGUAAUGGACCUUUGUUCCAUAACGUAAUGGACCUAUGUUCCAUAACAUAAUGAACCUAUGUUUCAUGGCCUAUUCCACUGUGUUUGUUUGCACUUAUUUAUUUACUUAGUAUUUAUUUGUCAAUAAUCUUGUCUUCACUGUGUUCUUCUGUCUGUAUAACCUGUCUCAUGUUUAAAGAGCAAUAAAGUGUUUUGAAGUUAUAA